AUGAUGUUAAGUGGCGGGCUGGGCCCUGGUGCCUUGGCGGGACUGUGGGGGCUGCUUCUGUUGCUGAACCUGGAUUGUGCCGCGCGCGCCUCGGAGAUCACGUUUGAGUUGCCAGACAACGCCAAGCAGUGCUUCUACGAGGAGAUCGUGCAAGGCGUCAAAUGCACCCUGGAGUUCCAGGUGAUCACUGGAGGACACUAUGAUGUUGACUGCCGCUUAGAAGAUCCAGAUGGCAUUGUGUUAUACAAAGAGAUGAAGAAACAGUAUGAUAGCUUUACUUUUACUGCAUCCAGAAAUGGAACAUACAAAUUUUGUUUCAGCAAUGAGUUUUCUACCUUCACACACAAAACCGUGUACUUCGACUUCCAGGUUGGAGAUGAUCCACCUCUGUUUCCUAGCGAAAACAGAGUCACAGCACUUACUCAGAUGGAAUCUGCGUGCGUGGCAAUUCACGAAGCUUUAAAAUCUGUCAUUGACCACCAAACUCAUUUUCGGUUAAGAGAAGCCCAAGGCCGCAGCAGAGCAGAAGAUUUAAACACACGGGUGGCUUAUUGGUCAGUAGGAGAAGCCAUCAUUCUCCUUGUAGUUAGUAUUGGGCAGGUAUUUCUUCUUAAAAGCUUCUUCUCAGACAAAAGAACCACCACAACCCGUGUUGGAUCAUAACUCAUGUUGAGAAAAUACUUCAGAUCCACUGUUCCUUUGUAAAAUACUGUUCUUCAAAUAAUUUCUAGUUACAGAACAAUUAAACAUGGAGAACAUUUUAAAUAUCUUUAGCCUUCCCUCUCUACUAAAAGUUGCAAAAUACAUGUUCCCCAAAAGCUGUGGAAAAAGGCAGUGUUUUAUUUGUAAUAUAUGGAUUUUGUCCUGUUUAUGUCUACACAGAGAUUUAACUUAAGGUUGCUACAUUUUUUAAAAAAAACUAAUGAGACUACAUGUUGGGAGUAUAAUGCUUUAAAAUAUUCUUUAAAAUGUUGAUUUGGGAGAUGAUAUGAGAAGUGGAUGGCAGUCUGAUUUCUCAAGAAAAAAGAUAUGGGAAUAAAACAAAAGUGA